AUGGAUAUGGGAUUUCUAAAAGGAAGUCUUUCAGAGACAAAUGUUGAAUUGGCUGUUUUACUGCAAGAGUAUGUUGGCGACUAUGACGAUUCAAAUUACUCAUUGCCUGCCAUUCCUCACACAUUUUUAACAAGUUUCGUUUUGGAUGUUACAACUAAGGUUGAAACGGGACAGGUAGAAACAUCGAGAGUAUUCAGUUCCAGUGCUUUUUUAAAAGCAUCGAUAGGGCCUUUUUCUGUUUUCAACAUUCAUCCAACCACAACAUGUCUAGAGUCAGGUAAUUUUGGAGUUUUGUGUUUCAGUUCUUGCAGCAUUGUGUACUAUUCCAAAACCGGUAUUGUCAAAGAACAUCCUUUAAAAUUGGGCAAUUUCAACAGUUUAUUAUGUCCAUGUCAUGUAGUAUGCAUUAAGGAAGAAAGAAAGAAGAUUAGAUCAGCCAGAUAUCUCACAACAAAGAAGUUUUUGUGUCAGUAUUCUGACGGAAGUUUCCAUAUUGUCAAGUUGUCAUUGGAAAAUUCAUUAGGAGAAUCAGCGAACAAUAUAACUAUUGAACAUAGUCCCUCAUCGUUGGUAAAGCAAAAUGUUGGAGAUUUUCUUUUAUUUACUCAUUCUUCGAGUUAUUCACAAUUAUUCAUCAGCUCUCCAUUUGAAAAUACCCAAACAAAAUGGAUUGAUAUUGCGGAGAAGAAUUCAAACAUAAAUGGUAUAGAAUUGAACUUGAGAAACUAUUAUGAUAGUGUUGGGAGUAGUAUUGAUGAGGAGCAAUUACCAUGCUUGGGAAGUAUCACUCAUGGGUACUUGCAUAGUUUUAAUAUGACCAGAGAUUCAAGACUGGUUUGCACUUCAUUCUCAGGGUCUUUCAAUCAAUAUACACAACAUAUUAAGGGUGCUGCUAGAUUUAGUGUUUGUCAAUCAGGAAGUAGACUUGUGCCUUUCAUGCCACUUUGUGAAAACUCAAUCAUUGAAGGAUCUUCCGAUCUGUUUGUUCUAACGUUAAAGGAAAACUCAUUGGUACUGUUUUCACAGGACCAUGGGACCAGCUUAUUUUCAACUUUUGAUAUGGCUCCUAUUGAAAUACCUUCUUUGGAUUGUAAAAAAAAGAAAAUACUUGCUAUCAGAGAGUUCAAGAAAACUCCAACAUCCUCACUCUUUGAAAUGGUAACAGAGGUAGAUAUUGGUUUAUUUGAGAUACAAUAUUCGAACUUUGCUACGUCAUGCGUUUACUUAUUUAAAAAUGACGGAGAAAAGUUUAUGUGUGCAGAAAUUGAGUCGAAUGGAACAGUGUUCAUUUCGAGAAAAAAUCAAAUGAUACAGUUUGAGCUCAAGAAUAGACCAUUAUCACUGGAAAAGGUGUCUACUAAUAGUUUCGAGAAUCAAGUUUCCUGCUUCUCAAUAUUUGACUUUAAGGGCAAGAAAUAUGCUAUUGUAUCUUUUUGGAUUGUUAAUUCAGUUUAUAUUGUUGAGGUUUCCACCUGGCAGAUUGUGUCAGAAAAAAAGCUGGAUGAUACCAUUAGAUCAUGCAUCAGCUAUGAAAUUGAUGGACAAUGUGUUGCAGUGCUGGGUUUAUCAAAAGGGAAAUGUGUUAUUACACCAAUCCUUGGAAGUUCAGCUGAAGAGGAAGAAAUAUUUGUUGGAGAAUCAUUUGUAAAUUUGAAGAAGAUCAAAACAGAGAAAGGAGAGGAAGCUGUGUAUUGCAGCAGUAAUAGAGACAUUCUAAUUGUGGCUGAGGAAUCAACGAUGGAUAAGAGAAGGAUUUUGAAAACUGUAUUUACUCACGAAAAUGAAAAGAAGAGGUAUCCAGGUAAAACCAUCUCUAUUUCCAAUAUAACCACAUCACAAUUUGGUGAAUGCAUAAUUGCUCUGAUUGAACAACCAGAGGGUGGCGCAAUUCAGUUUUGUGAGAUGGCCUCAGAGAGAAAGAUUAGAUGGAAGUCACUACUUCUUAAAACCAAAAGUGAAGAUUUCAUAGAGCCACUUAAAAGUAUUAACGUGGGAAGAUCACAAAGCUACUUUGUAGCAUGCACUGAAAGAUCUCUAGUCUCAGAAAAAGUUAAUUCCUUAAUAUUUAAAUGUGUACUGGAUAUGGACACUGAGAAUGAGUUUUUCCAAGAAAAGUAUAUAAGUGCUGAAGAUAUUCUACCUGAAUCAUUGAAAUUGAAUGAGAAGAGUAUCAUUAAGAGUCAUUCUAUUUGUGACAUUACAGCAGUUCAAAUAGAGGAGGACGAAGUCAUAAUGGUACCAAUACUAACAACAUUUUUGCUACCAUCAAGUACUGAAAGUGAUGGAGGUUCUGUACUACUUUCUAUUGCAUGGAUGGCAGUUCUGGACGAAUCUCUCAAUGUGUUGAAAUCAACUAUUCUUGGGGAGCAACCAUUCCCUUAUCAUAACGAAUCUAUAUUCAUCAAAAUCCAACAAAUCAGUCAUUCUGACGGGAAAUAUUUCUUGAUAUUUAAUAACAUGGUACAUCUUUGCUCGAUAGGAAAGGAAUCUAACAAAAUUAACAUUGAUUUUAUUGAUAGAUAUGAGCUUUUGGACUACACCAAAGAAAGAGAGCUAACUUAUCCAGUGUAUGCCAAAUACUUCAAUAGAGGAAGUCCUGUAUUCAGAUCUCUCCAUUUUAUAGUUAAUAGCUUUGAUAUAAUUGAGCAUGGAUUGGAUAUAUAUUUGUUAUUGUGUGGAUUGGGAGGUCAAACUAGAUUAAUUCGAGUAAGGAGAGAUUUCCAAAAAGUUGAGGAGCUUUUGAUUGUUGACAAAACAAACAAUAGAAUGCUUACAUUGUCUUGUGCUCUGAUACCAUCAAGUGGUUCUAACAGUUACAAUAUUCUGGUAACUGACUACAUAGAUGGGGAUUUGAAAAUCUUGGGUCUCAAUCAAAAAGAGAGAAUUGGCUCGAGGAAACUAAGCAAUGAAUACAAGAUCAAGGAUGAGGAUAGAUUAAUAUCAGCAAAUUGGAAUCAAUUCGAAAACACCAACCUUUACUAUUACAUAGAUUUAUUGAAUAAGGAAUCGAAGAGUACAACCCUUUCACCAGAGAAGUAUUACAUCAAUCCAAAGAAGGCCUACUUGAAAAAUCACUUUCUUGUUGAGGCAGAGAAGGGAGUUCAAUACGAAUCUCUUGUCAAAUCCACUUGUAAGCAAUUUACAGGUUCCAUCAAGAAUCUUAUUAGAGGUGGUUUUGGAAGUUAUAAUGAUGUUGGGCAAUCCAAUUCUUUCGUAUUUGUUACUUCUGAAGGUGAAGUUGGUGUUUUGAAUGUUAAUAUUUGA